AUGCCCAUCCUUGUCAAUGGCUACUUGGCGUGGAGACAUGGAGCACCAACCAUUGAUGACAAUACCAUGAUGUGCAAUAUAUUCCAUGUUGAUGCCGUUGGAAUUUCCGGUGAGCAACCUAAUGAGUCAAUCUUGUCACCAGCCCAGCUCCAUGCGAUGGAUGGCAAUUUCUCUGCAAAGCGAUUGGACGGCUCAGGAUCAGCUGAUACGCGACUAUUUCAGAGCCAAUAUUCUAUUUCCGAGGCCGAGGUAGACCAAUUCAAGGAUGACAUUCAACGUCGAACUACAAUAUUGAGUGCUUGCACAGAGAACUGGACUGCAGCCAAAGCUGUGGAUGACAAUACAAUUACUGUGCUUAUUGAGUGUGUAGCUGAGAUGAAGCAUAGUGGUGAACUACUGCUUGAUGUCUGUGGUGCGGAUCAGGCUAUCGGACACGACAUCGCAUGCUCAUCUCGCAAAACAAUUGCGACAAGCUCUAUUGGAGCCAAGGCAGCUGACCUAAAUCUACAGGUUGUUCUUCAAAAUCACCCUCUAUAUCUCAAUGGCCUAGGACUUGAAGACCUCGAGACUUGUGAACAUAUCUUCACCAGUUCAAACAGUGCUGCAGUCUUGAUCAGACAUGCAUCAUACUUCCAUUGGAUGCAGUUCCUUGACCUCCACUUCGAUCAGUGGGACAUGGACAGGUACUUCAUCAUCAAGACCAACACACCUGUCCUCGAGGACUUCAAGCAGCUCCAUAAUCUUAUGGAUGCGGACUUCAUAAGUUGGUGCAAUGAGGAUCAUGAUUACCUCAGCAAGGUUGCUACAGAACCUACUUCAGAUGCAAUCACAGUGGCUUACGUUGAACAGCUUGAGAAGCUUCAAUAUGCGGAGUUUAGCAAUGUAUGGUCAUCUCACUUCUGUACCUUUCUGACGUACACUCCUGCAAAUUUUACUCACACUGCUGGGCUCAAUGCCGCUGCUCGCAACAAUUCCAGAGCAUUCGAAUCUGAACAUACAUCUGCGCUAUGCAAAUAUGAGCUGCAACUGAAUGUUGUUGAAGACUUUGAGCGUCGUCACAGCAUUAUGGAGCGGUGA